UGUGAAACCUUUUAUUCUGUUGUAUUUCAUCUAAUCAAAAGCAUGUUGCAUGUGGUGUUGAGUAACUUUAUUGUGCAGACUCGUGACAGAGUCACACUUGUUUUUCUGCUCUGGUGUUUCCUAAGUUUUCGCCGUGUCAGCGAUAUUUCAGAGCAGACAGAAUGUUGAUCCCCAGAUUAAACAGAGAAACAAAAGAGAGCAGCAGCCGUCACAACACCACACGCUCACAUUGUUUCAGACGACAACACGGAGCCCAGCCUCUAUAUGACAACAGCAGGCCAACGCCACGCACCACAACCACAGAGGACCUGACCAGAGACACAUCAGGAGCCAAUCAGACGCCUGGAAAACACACAGAUUCAACCCCCUCCGAGACCAUUUCACCAGUUCUGCUCUUCCCUUUCAUUUGACCAUCUGAGUUUUCACCAGGAUGUUUAGCAGGACUCUUCUACUCGUCUGUGUGGCCAUUUUCUUCUGUGCAGAUGCCGAGGAUAAAUCCAGGCUCUACAGGAGGCCCUCCUGUGUGGGGAUGAGCGUGACGCAGGCGUGUCCUCUCAACUACUCUCCGGUGUGCGGCAGUGACGGCGUCACCUACCCCAACGAAUGCUCUCUGUGUGUCCAGAGACUGGAGAAAAACGCUGACAUAUUGAUCGUGAGGGACGGAUACUGCUGAGGAUGACAUCAUAUUCUUGUCCCACCCUGAUGAUGUCAUCACGCUUCAACCUUACUGAUGAUGUCAUCAUGUUUACAUUUAACCUCUAUUUGAAUGUAGUCGUUAGUGUUUAGCACACACACACACACACACACACACA